AUGAAUAAUAUAAAUUUUAGCAAUACGAGCAAUACAAACGGGCAUACUUAUAUUUACAAAGAGAAUUAUGGAAAUAACAAAAUUGGCAUAAAUGAAGAGUCAAGGAAUUAUUCAAAAGAUUCUGAUGAAAUAUAUAAUAAUAAUAAUAAUAAUAAUAAUAUAGAUGAAAUAAAUAAGAGGAAAGAAAAUAUUAAAUAUAUAAGUGAAUUUGCCAAAUAUUUUUUUUUUAUAGCAAAAAAAAUUGCCGCUUUAAAAGAUGGUCGCUAUAAUAAUUUAUGUGACGAUGAAAAAAAUCAGAAAGCCUUAGUUACGCAUUUAAUAUAUAAAUUAAAUAAUAUAUUAUCUUCACUUUUAAAUUUUAAUGUUUUAGAAUAUAAUGAAAAUGAAAAAAAUAUAAAACAAGAAAUUGAAUAUCUAUGUUUAAAGAAUAGUAGUAUAACAUUAAAUAAAAUACGAUACAUGUUAAAAAAACUAGACAACAAUAAUAAAAAAUAUAAAUAUGUUUUAUAUAUAUUAUUAAUGUUAAAAGAAUAUGAUGAUAAAUACCCUCCUAGGAUAUCAGAAAUGCCUAAUAAAAAUACAAAUAAUUUAAACAUUCAUCAUAAUAAUAAUUUUGUAACAAGUAAAAAUAUAAAUGAUAAUAAUAAACAAGUUCAUAAUAUUAUUUACAAUGAUAAGACAUAUGCAAAUAAUUUACACACUGAAGAAAAUUCUUCUCUAAAUAUGACGAGAAACAUAAAUGAAAAAAAUUAUGCGAUAAAAGAACACACAACUAAUAUGUUUCAUGUCCCAAAAAAUACACAUAACAAUUAUAAUUUAAAUAAUCAUAAUAUUAAUGAAGAUACAAAUGAUUUUCAUAAAAAGGAUUAUGGACAUUAUAAUAAUUCAGUACAUAAUUUUAAUCCAAUUAAUCAAAAUGAAUACGAAGAAAAUAAGAAACAAUGUAAAUUAAUCAAUAAAAAUGAUAAUAAUAAUAAUAAUAUAAAUAAUAAUAAUAAUAAUAAAAAUAAUAGUAUCAUUCUUCAUAAAAAUAAUUUAGUAAAUAAAAGCUUAUUUGCAAAUAUUAUUUUAAAUAAUAAAUUUCAUACUUUAGAUGUCGAAGAAAAUUUCCUUCUAAGAGAUCUUAUAUAUCCAUUACAAGGCAUAGACGGAGAAUUCAUCAAAUAUAAUAAAAAUGAAAAAAUAUUUUGUGUACCUAAUAGAAAAGUUAGCUUAGGCAUGCAACAUUUAAUACAUAAUAUUGGUAGCGUAGGUAUGCUAUUCAAAAAAAUAAAAACUUUUAUAACAUAUUCAAAUGUUAAUCAUAGAGGAAAAGUAAGCAUUUACGACGACAAUGAUAGCUUCUCUAGCGAUGCUGAUGAUUAUCAUUAUGAUUAUAAUCAGUGUGAUAAAAAUUCUCACUAUGGUGAUUUAAUAAAUGAUCCAAAUGGUCAUAAGAAUCAAUAUACAAACAAUACAUCAAAUAAUCUUCAGCAACUCAAAUUUAAAUUACACAAUGAAAAUUAUAUCCAACAUAAUACAAAUCAUAACAAAGUAGAAGACAAAUCGUUUUAUGAUGUACACAACGGAAGAAAUGCUAAUGAUUUUUAUAUCAAGAAGAAAAAUAAUGUAGAUGAUAUGAACACGCAAGGUAAUGUAAAUGAUAUUCACAUGAACAGGCAAGGUAAUAUAAAUGAUAUUCACAUGAACAGGCAAGGUAAUAUAAAUGAUAUUCACAUUAACACACACGAUAAUGUAAAUGAAAUUCACAUGAACAGUCAUGUAAAAAAUGGAAAGCUAUUAAAUUAUGAAAAUAAAAAAAGUAAAAGUUCCAAACAUCGAAUAAGUAAAUAUAAGAAAGAAGUUUGUAUGUUAUCUAAAAAGGGAAGUUUAGUAAUAGAUGCAUUAUAUCAGGUAAUACGUGAAUAUAUAAAUGAGUAUUACAAAUUAUUAUCGUAUAUAGAGAGUGAUAUUAAUGAGCAUAUACAUAAAAACACGGUAUAUAUAGGAAUAAAGAAAUUAUAUUUAUUGUUACAAGAAUCUUAUAAGAUAUUAAGAGUGUUGGUAGGUGUGAUAGAUGAGUCCUUGCGAAAUACUGGUUGUACCUUUUUAUCAUAUUUAUAUUCGAAAUCACAAACAUAUGAUUAUGAGGAGCAAAAAAUAUAUAAAAAGAUUUUACAAAGGUGUAUAAAGCCAAUAAAUGAAAUAUUAAAGCAUUGGAUAGAAUAUGGAGAAUUAAAAGAUAAAUAUAAUGAGACAUUUAUAGCAGCUAAUAAGAUUGUGAAUUCAGAAGAAAUAUGGUUGAAUAAAUUUUAUUUGAAUGUGAAUAAAAUACCUUUAUUUCUUAGUUUUAGUAUAGCAAAAAAAAUUUUGAUGACAGGGAAAAGUGUGUAUUUGCUUAAUAGUAUUAUAAAUAAAGAUAUGAUGAAUAAUUAUAUGAAUGGUAAAUAUAUAUAUAAUAAUAAUAGAAAUAAAUAUAUAUCUUCUAUGUCAAAAAUAAAAUCAAUAAUGUAUAACAAAAAGGUUUUAUUAAGUCAUGAAAAAGAAGAUGAAGAUGAAAAUGAAGAGGAAGAGGAAGAACAAAAAAAUGAUUAUAUUAAAAAGAAAGCUAAUAAACAGGUUGAUUAUUUUAAUGAUAUAAAAGUGAAAAGGGGUAUGGAUAAAAAUGACGAAAUGAAUGAUUAUAAAAAUGAUGACAUGUAUGAAGAUGGUCAAAGAGGGGUAAAAAAAAAAAAAAUGGAUAGGAAUAAUAAUAAUUAUAAUAUUAAUUAUAAUAUUAAUUAUAAUAAUAAUUAUAAUAAUAAUUAUAAUAAUAAUUAUUAUAAGAACGAUUCGUUAUAUUAUUCACGCCAUAAUAAUAAAAAUAAAUAUUCAGAAUAUAACAAUGGAUAUAUAGAAGAUGAAGAUUAUGAUGAUGAUAAUAUGAUCGAUGUAUUUUCUAUUAAUGAUAUUAAUAUGUAUAUAGAAAAUAUAGAUGAUUAUAUUAAUAAAGUAUCUGAGAGUAAAAAUAAGAAUUUGAUAAAUGUAUUAUUAAAUAAUUAUAAUUUAUAUGAAACAUUCCAAGCAUUUCGUCAUUUCCUUUUAUUAGUUGAUGGUGAUUUAUUUGAAACAUUAUUUGAGAAUAUGAAAAAUGAUUUAUAUAUGAAUGCAGAAGAAUUAAAAAGACAUUAUCUUAAUAGUAAAUUAGAUUUAUGUAUAAAAUCUUCUUCAUUAUUUACUCAGGAUUCAAAUAUAAUAAAUAAAUUGACACUUGAUAAAUUUAAUAUGAAAAGAGGAGAUACUGGUUGGGAUGUCUUAGUUUUUGAUUUUUUAGUAGAGAAACCAUUAGAUAUAAUAUUUACUAAGAAAAUAAAAAAUAUAUAUAAAAGUAUAAAUAUUUUAUUAAUAAAAUUAAAAAAAAUACAAUGUGAAUUAUCUAAUAUGUGGUAUUUAUUUACACACUUAUUUAAAAUAAUAAAUAUCAUUUAUUAUAAUUCUCUAUUUAAUUUUUGUAAUACUAUAAGAAAUGAAAUGUUUCAUUUUAUUCAAAAUAUAUUAUCUUAUUUUUAUUAUGAUGUUAUAGAUACUAAUUGGCGUGCAUUUCAAAAAAAAAUUUUCUUAUGUAAUAAUUUAGAUCAAUUAAUAAAAGCACAUUAUAAUUAUAUUACACAAAUACAAUAUGAUUUAUUCUUAGGAAAUUAUCAUGACCUUAUAUUAUCAGCAAGAAGGAAACACGAUCGUAACAAUCAUAAUAAUUAUAAUAAUAAUUAUUAUGUUGCAAAUACAGAUGAAGAAGAAGAUAAUUAUUUAUAUAAUGAUUAUUCUUCUUCUUAUACAAAUACACAAGAUAAUGAAUACAUGGAUAUGGAAGAAUAUUAUAUGAGUAAUCAUAAUUUAAAUAUAUAUAAAAAUUCAAAGGAGCAAAAACACAGGAUAAGAAGAAAACACCACCAUCAAGAUGGUAAUGGUGGUGAUGAUAAUGGUGAUGACAAUAAAUAUGAAGAAAGAGGAACAAAUAAAUAUAAUAAAAAUAAUAAUGAAGAUUAUAUUAUACAACCAAAUAUAGAAAAUGAAUCACAUAAGUGUUUAAAUAAAAUAUUAGAUAUUAUAACAAGAUUCAUAAAUAUUACAAGUUCAUUAGUUUCUUUAAUAUGUGAGAAUUAUAAUGAAAUUAAAAAACUUAUACAAGAAAGAAAAGAUAUAGAUAUGGAAGAGAUAACAAAUGAACAAAACGAUGAAAAUAAUAUCAAUGAUGAUCCAUAUCAAAAUCAUGAUAAUUAUAUUGAUUAUAUUAAUUAUUAUAUUAAUUAUAAAAUUAUAGGAGAAAGUACAAUUAAAGAUAUUAAAAUGUUAUUGAAAUAUUAUAGAAAUUAUAUUUAUAAAUUUAUUUGUUUAUUAUUAGGUGAAAAUAAAUUCUUAUAUAUGUAUUCUAAAAAUACAAACAGAGAUAAAAUAUCCUCUCUAAGAUUAUUAGCAUCAAGAUUAGAUUUUAAUCUGUACUAUGUAAGAUUAUCUAAAAUAUCAGACAGAAAACCACAUCCUACAAAGCUUAAUAUAUCUAAACGUAUUAAAAUGAUGAACAUAUGA